AUGUUCGAACAUGAUUAUUUCUUUCAUUCUGUCGCAGCGAUGGGACGUGGAGGACUAACAGUCACGAUUUGGAUACAAAUAACCGCUUUGCUUUGUCUGUGUGACCGGUCUACAGCGCAGCUCUCGUUCUCCGUUUCCGAGGAGGUUGACAAAGGAACGGUAGUGGGAAAUCUCGCUAAGGAUUUACAGAUUAAUGUUCACGAAUUGGAAAAACGGGAUUUACGAGUCGUAUCUGGCAAUUCUAAGAAAUAUUUCGACGUGGAUUUAAAAACUGGUGCUCUGUAUGUCUGCGAUAGGAUUGAUCGCGAGGAGCUCUGCCCAAAUACAGAAAAAUGCUCCCUGAACGUCGAAGCGAUUCUGAGCCACCCAAUGAAUCUGCAUCGCAUAGAGGUACAAAUUAUUGAUAUUAACGAUAAUGCACCAUCUUUUCGUGAAAAAGAAAAGACUUUCAAUAUUUCGGAAUCUUCUUUUACCGGAGAGAGAUAUCUCCUCCCGAUGGCUAACGACGCAGACACGGGCAGUAACUCGGUAAAGAGCUACAAGCUGACUCCAAAUGAGUAUUUCUCUCUGGACGUACAGAGCGGCGGACAACACAGUGAGUCUGCCGAGCUUGUUCUACAGAAAGCUUUAGACAGAGAGAAACAGUCUAUUAUCCGCCUUACUUUAACUGCUCUGGACGGAGGAAAACCAGCCCGGUCAGGCACAUUAAAGAUAGUGGUACAUGUUAUGGAUACAAACGACAAUGCUCCAGUAUUUAGUCAACCUCUGUACAAGGCCCAGGUCAGUGAAGGCGCCCCAUUUCAGACACCAAUAUUGACUGUUACUGCUACAGAUUUAGAUGAGGGAAUAAAUGGUGAGAUUGUGUAUUCAUUUAUUGAAAAGGGGAAUUUCAAUCCUGAGGCUUUAUUCUCAAUAAACCCAGAUACAGGGGAAAUACGAGUCAGGGGAAAAGUAGACUAUGAAGAGAAUACAGCUUAUGAUAUCCGAGUUCAGGCAAGGGAUAAAGGUUCGCCUUCUCGAAGUGUGCAUGGUAAAGUAUUAGUGGAAGUAAGUGAUGUUAAUGACAAUUUACCUGAAAUCAUUAUUACCUCUCUUAUGAGCCCAGUUAGAGAGGAUGCUGAGUUAGGUACAGUGGUCGCUUUGGUGACAGUGACUGAUAAAGAUGGAGGAAAAAACGGUUUCACUGGUGCUAACAUUCUAGGGUCGGUGCCUUUUAAACUCAAGCUAAACUACAAAAAUUAUUAUUCAUUAACAGUCGAUGGGCCCCUGGACAGAGAGAGUGUUUCUCAGUAUAAUGUCACCAUCAUAGCUACUGAUGAAGGCACCCCGCCUCUCUCUAGCACCAGUGUUAUUACGGUUCAGAUUUCUGAUGUCAAUGACAACGCCCCAUUAUUCUCAGUGCCUGUCAUUAAUGUAUAUGUGAAUGAGAAUAGUGCAGUGGGAGCUACUAUCUUUACUAUAACAGCAGUUGAUCCUGAUACAGGAGAAAAUGCAAAAGUAACAUAUUCAUUAUUAGAUGGUAUUGCUAAAACUAUUCCACUAACUACGGUUAUUAAUGUCAACUCCGAGACUGGAGACAUAGUCAGCCUGCAGUCUUUUAACUACGAGGAGUUGAAAACAUUUCAGUUUAAAGUUCAGGCCACAGACUCUGGUGUUCCUCCGCUCAGCAGCAACGUGACUGUGAACGUUUUAAUCCUGGAUGAGAAUGACAACAGUCCCACGAUUCUCGCGCCCUAUUCUGAGCACGGCUCCGUUAACAGUGAGACCAUCCCCUAUUCUGCUGAAGCGGGAUACUUUGUGGCAAAGAUCAGGGCUGUAGACGCAGACUCUGGAUACAAUGCGCUGCUUUCCUAUCACCUCUCUGAGCCCAAAGGAAACAACCUCUUCCGGAUCGGAACCAGCACCGGAGAGAUCAGGACUAAGAGGAGAAUGAGUGACAAUGACCUGAAAACUCACCCCUUGGUGGUGUUGGUUUCUGAUAACGGAGAACCCUCCCUGUCAGCUACUGUGUCUAUUGAAGUGGUGGUGGUUGAAAGCACAGCUGACAUCCAGACUCAGUUCAGACAUGUGCCCAUAAAGGAGGACAGCUUCUCUGAUUUAAACCUGUAUCUGCUGAUCUCCAUUGUGUCGGUGUCGGUGAUCUUUCUGCUGACCCUCAUCAGUUUAAUAGCUGUCAAAUGCCACAGGACAGACGGCAGUUUCAGCAGGUACAGCGCCCCAAUGAUCACCACCCACCCUGACGGGAGCUGGUCUUACUCUAAGGCUACUCAGCAGUAUGACGUGUGCUUCAGCUCAGACACACUGAAGAGUGACGUAGUGGUUUUCCCCGCACAGUUUCCGCCUGUAGAUGGUGAGCUGAUCAGUAUUAACGGAGGAGACACGUUUACACGAACUCAGACUUUACCUACUAAUGAAAAGCAGCCGACCAUUUCAGGACCACAAUGGAAAUAA